AACGAAACCAUGAAGCUUGAUUUUGCUUCUGCCUAGGUCUGUGUGACUGAUCUGAGAGGCAGGAGCGUACCUUCCUGCCGAAGUUAGUUAAGUCUCUUACAUGCAACCCAAUCCUUAAGAAAGAUGGGAGGGAGGUGAUGGCAGGGGGAGGAUAUUUGACCCGACUUCUUCGCAGCUCUUCUGCAGGGGUGCCGUGCCUUGUGCAACCUUCCGGCUUUGUAAGGGAGAAGGCACCCUGUUACACAAAGCAGAAGUGGUGGUGUGGGUUGCUCGGCUCUUUUUAACAGAUUCUCAUUUCUUUAUUUCCUUUUUUUCCUUUUUUUCUUUUUUUUCUUUUUUCCCCCAAGAGAUGGCAAUGGCGGGAGCAUGAACACACGCCGGGGGAUGGGGGCAUGUGCGCACCCCCACUGUGCUUUGCUCCUGUGCAAACACAAAAUUUAUGUUCCCAGAGACCCAAAAUCGCCGCCAGCGUCCCGGCGGGGCGGUCAGAGCAGAGGGGCGGCUCUUCCUCUGCAAACUUUCCCUGUCCCCUCCCUCGCCGCCUCUCUCCCUCCUCUUCUCUCCUCCCUGCCCUUCUCGGCUCCCCGUCGACGAUGGCUGAGAGGCCAGGGAGCAGCGGGACAGCACCGCUGCCCGUCUGGUCCUUGCCCGGUCCCCGCGGCCGCUCCCAAAGCGACAUCUCGUCCUUCUCCUCCUCCCGGAGGACCUGUCUGCUGCGGUCCAACGUGGGCGGCUCAGUUGAUGGUUUGGACAAGGCUUCAAUUGCUAACUCAGAUGGACCAGCCCCAGGAUCCCAAACUCCCCCCUUCAAGAGGAAGGGCAAGCUCUCCAACAUUGGCAAAAUCUUUAAACCUUGGAAAUGGCGGAAGAAGAAGACCAGUGAAAAAUUCAGAGAAACAUCAGCAGUGUUGGAAAGGAAGAUUUCGACAAGACAAAGCAGAGAGGAGCUGAUAAGAAGGGGAGUGCUGAAGGAAAUGCCUGAGCAAGAUGGUGAUGUAACAGUAAAUUUUGAAACUUCAAAUGGACACACUAUAGCCAUUAGUGAAGAAACCAUACAGGAAGAAAAUGUGGUAAAAGCCAGUGGAAAUAAUGGCACUUUAUCAGAAAAAGCAUCAGCAUCAGAAGGAAAAAAAGAAGAUCAGAAAGAGAGCACUGGUCACUGCCCAGAAAUACCGACAUCCCAUGCUCCACCACUACCUAAGCCUAAGCCUAAACCUAAAAAAGCUCCGCUGCCACCAAAAAAUGCCAUUGCUGCUUCCACCACCACCAGCCAUAAGGGUAACGAAGCAGCUCAUGCUAAAAAAAAGGGAAAGGCUCCUGCUAAGCAGCCUCCUCUCCCGCCGCCCAAGCCAGCAGGUGCCAGUGCAAACCGAGAGGCUGCUGGUUCCUCUCAUGCAAAAAAACUACCAGUCUCCAAGUCUUCUUCAUCACCAUCUCCUUCAUCCACAUCAUCUCAUCCCAAAGCCUCUAAGGAGACUUCCAGCAAAUCUGGCACAUCAGGGACUCCCAGGGGCAAGAAGAAGCCUGGGAAGCAGUCAGCCCCACGAACAGCACCAGAUGGGGCUGAUUCUUCUCCGCCAGGUGCGGCAGCCGACAGUUCAGAAGCAAAGGCAGAAAAACCCAAGGCUGAGCAAACUUCCGUGGUCAUUUUUGAAACGGAGAAUGCAGACCAGUCGAGCAAGCUUGUUGUGCCCCCUCCUCCCACCACUGCCCCUCCUCCACCUCCACUUCCACCUCCUUUUCCUGCUGCAGCUAGUCAGCCUGCUGGCUCCUCAGAUGCCCAGGAUGUGUCAGACAGCUGCGUGGCAGGGCCGUGCAGCCCUGGGUCAGACACAAAGCCGCCUCUCCAGACGGAGCGUGGCACAGACAAGAGUCUGAGCAGCGCAGCCCUAGGCAGCGCUCCAGGUGCCGGAGGAGAAGACACGGAAAGCUUGGCUACCAAAGAAGACCAGGAAGGGGAGGCUCCAGAUCAAGCAUUGUCUGAACUAGUGGAGGAGGCUUCUGACGCUGCUGCUCCUCCUGAGAGCGAAAGCAGCAGAGAGAGCCCUGGCAGUGACUCGGACUCGGACGGGCCGAUCCUAUACACAGACGAUGAUGAUGAUGAUGAUGACGAGAAUGCAAGUACUGAAAGCUCUUUAGCAAGUAAAAUUCGUCGCAGGGAUACUCUUGCUAUCAAACUUGGCAACAGACCAUCUAAGAAAGAGUUAGAAGACAAAAACAUCUUGCAGCGUACAUCCGAAGAGGAGAGGCAGGAAAUCAGACAUCAGAUUGGAACGAAGCUAGUGAGGAGACUUAGCCAGAGGCCCACAACUGAAGAGCUGGAACAAAGAAAUAUCCUGAAGCAGAAGAAUGAAGAAGAGGAACAGGAAGCCAAAAGAGAAAUAAAACGUAGACUCAGUAGAAAGCUCAGUCUGAGGCCUACAGUGGCUGAACUUCAAGCGAGAAGAAUCCUUCGAUUUAAUGAGUACGUGGAGGUCACGGAAUCUCCGGAUUACGACCGUCGUGCUGACAAGCCUUGGGCCAGGUUAACUCCUGCAGACAAGGCAGCAAUACGGAAAGAACUGAAUGAAUUUAAAAGCACAGAAAUGGAAGUACAUGAGGAAAGCCGGCAAUUUACCAGGUUUCAUCGUCCAUAACUGUUUGAUCACAUCCCAUAAUUCAAGUAACAAUUUUCUUUGGGGAAAUCAUUGUGUCCUGAAGACCUGAAAUUGCACUGGAACUUGAUUAUGAGUGUGUGCUACAGCUUACCCUGAGGCUAAUGAAGAAAGUGGCCCUCAUCUUUGUCAAUGGACAAAUGAUUAGUCCAGGAGGAGAACACACAGGAAGCGUUUGUCCAUGUCCAGACAGACCACAGUUCUGUGGACAGCCCACACGGACAAGCCAGUGGACUCCUUUGUCAGAGCUCCACAAGUCAGGAAGUGCUGAAGACAAUCGCUGGAGAGCCUGCUGCCAGGAUCUCAUGGGGCUUCAUGGGGUUGGGACUGAGGGUAACAAACAGGGAGGGGGGUGACAAAAGAACUGAGAGCUGGGAGAAAAGAGACUUUGUCAGUCCACAGAGAAAAGUGGAAUGGAUGGGACUGCUCAACAAUGCACUUGGCCAGUGGGAAGAAUUAUUUUUUGAAAAAAACUGGGAGUGUAAGUAACUGUGCAUGUAGGUUUUUUUAAUGGCUGCAGCCUGUCUUAAAAAGAUAGCAAGCCUAAGUCCUCAUGACAUCAGUACUUUAGGAAGAACUAUCAUUUUCUUUGGUGCCAGUAAAUACAGUUGCCAGAAAUUAGUCCUAGUGUAACUCAACUAUCUUUUUUUAAUUCCCAGUGCGCAUGCUUCAGGAAAACACAUGGAACAUUCAUACAGAACAAGUAAUAUAUUUUUUGGUUUUUUAAUGUUGACAUACUCUGGAUCCUCAGAAAUACAUAAACAUAGAUUUGAAGGACACUAUGAAUGCAAUGAAAUGCUUUGUGUUUAGAAAUACACCCUGCUGUCUGUCGCUUGCCAUUCAAACCAGAGGGAUCAUUAUCUUUGUCAUCCACGGCAGGCAGUGGUGACAACUUUGAUAUCAUGCUAGUGUGAAUCCAAAGUCAGAAUUGAAAUUAGGCACAGAAGUCUUCAUCAAUAGGCCCGAGCAGUGAUUACUAAUGUAACUUUUAACAUUUAAGGACUCUUGCAGUGCUUUGAGGAAGAACUCCCAGAUGAAUCAGUAUGUCUUUAGCUAGUGGUCCUUUAAAAGUGAAAGAAAAAUCCUUGGAGUGUCUCCAGUCUGUUUUUGUUGAGUGUGAAGAAUGCUUCUUAGAUUCAUAAUUUUUUAUACCAUCUUGAAAUUGUACAUGUGAAUGCAAUACUAUUAAAAUUAAGUGGUAUGGAGUGUGAAAGGCAGUACAUGGUUUUUCUAAGUUGGCCCAGAGGCUUAUUAAAAAGCCUGUGGCAUUGUUUACACUAAGAAAUUCUUUGUCUUAUAUUAGCACUUAUUUAUCCUUUGAAUUAGUGUAUACAGCAUUGGGGAGGGUGGUCUGGAAUUCACAUAUGCAUACAUUUAAUGCAGUAUUACAAUAUAUUUGCUAUUUAUCCUUUCUAAUGUGUGUACAUAUUACAAUUUAUUUUUGUCUUUUAUGUGUCCUGUUCAGUUUUUAAUUAUGAAGUGUAAGUAUUUCUUUUUCUGGCAAUAAAAUGUCUGUGUAGAUGUGA